UCUUGGAUUUCCCAAAUGGCUAGUGGUCAGCUAAACCUGUGAACGUCCCGCGGAGGAUGGUUGCCGACAACCUGGAUGGUGGCGCCCACUAGCACCAGAGGUUUUGGAAGCAACAUGAGGACGCUGUGCACCAAGAGAAGCUACCUGCGAAUCUGUGUCCUGACAGGCCUCCUCUUCCUGCUGUGCUCCACCUGCUCCGGGGUCGUGGCCAGGAGGAAGAAGUCGGCGGUCCGUCCCUCGUUGAAGCGCGGCCGCCGCCAGCACCAAGCAGAACACCACCGCCCGCUGACGGAGGCUCAGAAAGCGGACCAGAACCUGCAGUUCAUGUUGAGCUUAUACCGUAGCGCGGCAGGUCCUGACGGCAGACCCAAACAGCACCGGAAGUUUGGAUCGAACACGGUCCGGCUGAUCAGACCGUCGACAUCCUCGGUGCACUACCUGCCUGCGUCCAGAGACCACCACUACACCUUCACGGUGCAGUACAACCUCGACACUCUUGCCUCCGAUCAGCUGGUCAGAGCCUCCUUCAUCCACCUGCGCUCCUCUCCUACUUCCGCCUCCAAUUCCCACCAAACGGACAUGAUUCCACGGUGCAAAGCUCAGAUCACCUCUCUGGGUAAGGACAACUUGGUCACGAUGGAGCCUCACGAGAGGUGGACAGAGACCGACAUCACUGCUCAUGUACAUGGACACGUCCUGAUGGGGAAUGGCAGGAACAGACACUUGACUCUCACUGCUCAGUACUUGUGCACUGAACCGGAUGAAGCAGUAGAGGGCAGCACCCUCUCGUGGUGGUGGAACCAUCUGAUGAGAAAGAGGAAAUGGAGAGGCGAGCCCCACCUUGAAGUCCCGUCGCUUCUGUUGUACGUGGAAGAGGAGCGGGAAGUGAAUGACUGGAUGGCUGAACUGCUGAGAGCAGAAGGAGAUGAUAUUAUAAGACAAAUUGGGCAAUGGCACCCCUCUGUUCGCCGCCGAAGGCAAUCCAAAGAUGUUUCUCUAGACUCUUUGAAAAAAUCCACCUCCUCCUUUUCAUCUAUUUUCACUUCUCAGUCUGCUGCCAUCAACUCUGAUAGCUCCAGCAACAAACGUAAAAGCAGUCCCCCCAAGAAUCUCUGCAGGCUGCACUCCUUCACCCUCUCCUUCAGCGAGCUCGGCUUGGGCAACUACUUCAUCGCACCGCCGGGGUACAACCCUCGCUUCUGUCAGGGAGACUGCCCAAGUGUGCUCCACUCUGGGUACCACUCCCCCAACCACGCCAUCAUCCAGACCUAUAUAAAUGAGCUCGGGUUGGGGGACGUUCCUCCUCCGUCCUGCGUGCCCUACAAAUACAUGCCGAUGAGCGUGCUUGUGAUGGACAAGAGAAAAGUGGAGUACAAGGAGAUGGACGACAUGAUGGCUGAGUCUUGUACGUGUCGCUGAACCCAUUCAGAGACUUGAGUGAGAUUUUAGGAGAUUUUGAAGCUUGUCAAUGAAAGCUCACUACAGGAAGGUGUCGUGUGUUUUUGGGUCAUCGGCAGCGACUUCUUGGGAGAGAUGAGGUUAUUUCUGCUCGAAACGUGUUCAACAGACCGAAGAUAAUCUGUCACCUGAUUCACGGUUUUGUUCAAUUAUGCCAUUUUACGAUGAAACCUUCAUUUUAAUCCAUUUGGAAAUGGUUAUUUAUCAAUUCUAACCACAUUGAACACCAGAGUUUUUGGGGUAAUUGAUUUAUCAGAGGUUGUAGGUCAUUUACUUUAUGUGGUUUGCCUGUUUGACAACAACAUAACAUUCAAAACGCAUCUCAUUAUCCUGUUGUUUUAUUAAAAAAAAAAAGGGGGGGGUGGCUGUCGGCCUUCCCAUCAAGCCAUCUGAUCAUGUGAAAAACAAAGUCAUAUUUAAGAAAUACAUUCACAAAACGUGUUCCAGCCAACAACUAUGGACCCAUGCCAUGCUGUAAAUAUUUAACAGAGAACUUUUUGUACAUAUUUAUACAUUAAAAAAAAAAAGAAGAAAAUGCCAGUACCCAGGGGGGAAAUGUUCUGCUUGUGGUCUG